GUCGGGUGGAAACAGGCGCUCGGCUACGGCGGCACGAUGAGCACGGCCGCCAUCCUCGAGCUUCCGAUCUCGCGGUGGAGCGUGACGAGGUCCGAGCAGCUGCUCACGGCUGGCAUCGUGUCCGCCCACCGCAGCUGGCACGCUCGGAAGUACGGCGAUGUGGCUGAGUGCGCGACGGUGCUCCUCGAGACCAAGGCCGACGUCUCCGAGAUGAUUGGCUGGGAGCUGUACGUCUUGCGGGGCGACGCCACCAACGCGUCCACCAUCCGGAGCCACAAGGACUUGGACCAGUUCCCGGAGCUCUCGGAGGCUCGCAUGGGCUGGCCCGACUUGGCGAUCGUUCCCGAGCACGCCACUGGAGUGGAAGCAGUUGAACUCUUGGCUCGCGCCGCGGCGGGCGUGGGCAUGGAGUCGUGGCAAGUGAAAUUCGGCCAGUACCAGAACCCCACGAAGGGCAGCGUCGCCGAGAUGAUCACGGAGCUGCGCAAGAGAGGUAUGACAUACCCAUUGGUGUACAUCUUCGGGACGGACCAAGGUGGCGAUCAGCAGAAGGCUUGCCGGCUCAUCGAGAAGGCUGUUGCGUCCGACUGCAACAUCCUGGUGUUCUGGAACUGGUGCCUGGCGCACCAGUGCCACUUGGUGGUGAAGCGCCAGUUGGCGCGACUUGACGCUGAGUACUUUAGCACCCUGGCGAAGUUGACAAAUUGCUGGAGGAGCGCUGGAAAUCCCGCCAGACUCCGCCGCGCGUGGACACAGUGGGUGAGCGCUGCGCGCGCAGUGGAGGUCACAGCUCGUCUUCCACAGCGGCCGCUCACAGGCAGGUGGGGCAGCGUCUUCGAGAACGAGCGCCACUGGCUGAGCUGCGGCCAGGCCGACCUCAAGCUGAUCUACACAGAGGCCCUGGUCAAGCACCACCGCAGGGUCGAGGCGGCGAUGGCGAAGGCGUCCGGGUCUGGUAAGGGUAAGGGUGGCGGCCGCCGUGGAGGCUGCAAAGGCGGAGGCAGAUCCGCCGAGGGCAAGGGCGGCCGGGGCGCGCCCGCGCCUGUGAACCCAGAGGACCCAGACAACGAGGAGACGUACCGGGAGAAGCUCGGCCGUUGGCUCAAGGACGUCAUGGAGGCCAUCGACGACCCGAUCUUCUGGCUGAAACUCCACAUCGCCCACUACGCCAAGCAGCCGAUCAUGCGCCUGUGCCACUGGCUCCAGACGCAAGCCAAAUUGCGGCGUGAGCGGCUGGUGGCGCGCUUGCCGCCGCCGGACAGAUCGCCGAUGCAGGUGCUGGUGACUGAGAAGGCGGGCGAGAUCGCGGAGCUGUACGACAAGCUCUUGGACAGCGUGGCCAUGCGCGACGCCGUCAAUGGCUACAGCACCAGCGACACCCGCGCGAGAUGGAGAUCUGAGGCCGUGCUGUUGAUCAUCGAGGGGGGCGCGGACAUCCAGAUGCGAGUCGGAUCCAAG